AAAGGUCCGAGCUGAGACAGUUACAGUUCAGCUCAGCGCGCCACCCGGGUUAGGUCAAAAGCUUGCCUCCUACGGCGAAUUAUCUCCUCGCUCCCUAUUUCUCGACGACCCCCGCCGCUUUGUCUGGUUCGGUACCCCGCUAUCGCCCUCGAAUCCCCCCCCUUAAUUUCUGACAUUAAUUGUGAACAUCGGUGAUAGUCGACGUGUUUGUUUAUUUUUUGUGCCGGUGGUUAUCGAGCGCGGAUUUUAGUGAUACUCUCGAGUGAUCGCAAUUUCGUGCUCCCUCCUGAUUUCGGAACCGAAAAAAGUCGUCGCGGAUAUCAGUGGUCGAUUUUAUUAACUUGCUGUGUAUCGCGGACUGGAUUGUGCGUUUUCGAUUCGGAGUAACGCUCUCAAUUGAGACGGGUACCGAUGCGAUAUGCGAUGUGAACCACUCGUCUCUAAAUAAAAUAGUUUUCCCGCGGUAGAAAUCACUGAUCUCGUCCGUUAUCAGUUGAAAGGUAUAACGAAUCUAAGAUUUAUAAUUUUGUUUUGAAAAUCGAGUGAUUUAAAUUAUAAAUUUACCAAAAACAAUAUACAAAAACAAAAAUUAGGGAUAUAUUUUGCACCUGAAUAAUAUUCAUUAUUUUUUCACCCGUGAGCUCAGGAACUGCAUGUGCACAAAUAUAUUUUUCAAUUCGAAAUUAAGUCAUUCGAUUCCGUCUGAUACUCUCAUUGGAUAGGAAUCUUUUCUCUUAUUACCUACGGUUACCUCAAUUUUUCCAUUUUUGCUGGAGAUUAUUCCAGUACAAGUUAAACCGUGCCCUCACCCACGAUAAACCCAUACUUAAUUAAGUAAAAAUAUACUUUUUCUGAUUCGAAACCCGCUCAUACUUUUUGGGUACGUUUUUCUUGUAUGCUUUUUAAGUGCCCUGUGCAAGUGCGGUUAUCAGGUGGUGAUUCACGCAUGAAUCUAUCGGAAGAGAGGAUUUUUGAUCGAAAGUUCUGUAUGCGGAACUUGGCCGGGAAGUUUGAUUUUUAUGGUGUCCGAUUCGUGUCAAGUAUCAUUUGAUGGCUAUGAAAAUACGCAGUUCCCAGAGGAAACUAAUCUCCGAAGUACAGAGCGUGCUACAAAAUGGCUCCUCUCAAGAACGAGAUAGCGCGGGGAAAACGAGAGGUUGGGGCAAAACCGUGGCCCAAAGAGGGCGUAUGCCGCCCGGGACUUUGCGGAGAGGAAGCCGGAUGCAAGAUCGUCGGAGAUAAUCUUCAUGCUUGCGUAUGCCUCCAUGACCAGAGUAUACCCACGGCGGACUUGAAAUGCCCGCGAAAAACAAUUCCAGUCCACAACUCAGCCCCGAUUCGGGUCAUUAUCCCGAACGAGAAAAACGCGCCGUCACCCUUAGCGGCCCGAACGACUACCCCGCGGACCACCACCAUGGUCCCCAGCAAACACAUCGACGAAGCUCCCGAUGUAGGACCAGAACUGAUUCGUGAUCCCUUUUGGCUGAGUGGUGGUCUAGCGAUAGUAACUAUAUGUAUUUUCACAUUCUGUUUCUGCUGGUUCCGGCAAUGUUACCUCAAACAGCAGAAGAAAAAGAAGAAGAAAAAACAAAUGUUGGCUAUGCCAGCCUUUUUGAGUAACGGUCUAUUGACUGAGGACAGAUUUACUAUCAAUCCACAGUAUUCGCCAGCCUCGAUCUCAGAAAUGACGGCACCGAUCCCGCUUCUGUCCAGGGACUCCAUCGUCUUCUGCCAGGAAAUCGGAGAGGGCUGUUUCGGCAAGGUGUAUAAAGGUGAAAUUCAUUCGGGGGGUCAAACAAAUUUUGUCGCCGUCAAGGUACUAAAAGAUGGCGCCAGUAUGGAGGCUGAAGAGGACUUGAUGCGUGAAGUCGAGAUCAUGAGCGCCUUCAAACAUCCAAACAUUCUGACUUUGGUCGGAGUUGUGCCACGAGAGGGACUCAAGAACCCUUGGAUGGUAUUCGAAUUCAUGCCUUACGGCGAUCUUGCAGAGGUGCUGAGGCGAAAUAGUCAAGUAUUCAAUGUAACACAGAAUCACCAAGCCCCAGUCAUCAACAAGGAAAGCCUGUGCUCGAUCGCUGAGCAAAUCGCCGGGGGCAUGAGGUACCUGGCCGAACAACGCUUCGUGCACCGUGAUCUGGCGGCCAGAAACUGCCUGGUCGGCCCACCACUCGUCGUCAAGAUCGCCGACUUUGGCAUGAGCCGCGACAUUUACACCUGCGACUAUUACAAAAUUGGAGGAUCAAGACUGUUGCCUGUCCGAUGGAUGUCACCAGAGAGCGUGGUCUACGGACGGUUUACCCUGGAGUCGGACGUGUGGUCGUUCGGCGUGGUUCUCUGGGAACUCUACAGCUACGGAAAGCAGCCCUACUAUGGUCAUUCAAAUGAGGAGGUUCUGAAGAUGGUGCUGCAGGGCUCGAUGCUGAAACCACCGGACGACUGCCCCCCGUUCAUCUGCGACCUGAUGAUGGCCUGCUGGCGGGCCGAGCCGCGGGACCGCAUCAAGUUCUCCGAGAUCCACAAGAUCCUGACCAAGGCCAAAGACGAGUUCCU